AUGAUGUCCGUGCCCGUCAAACGCGGCACCGGCCCGGCGGGAGGCGUCUUUAAGCAGAACCACAGCUCGCGGAGUUGGCCUAUUUACUCCCAGCCAGCACCUGCCUUGAGUCCCCAGCGGCGGCGGGAGGGGGCGCCGCCCGCUGCGCGGACGGCUUGGCUGGCAGCUGGGCGGGGGCGCAGCACCGAAGGAGCCGGGGUCCUCCCCGCGGCCCCCUCGGACUCCUGCCGAACUUGCCGCGGCGCCCAGGCACCGGCCCCUCCUCCACGGGCCCUUCUUACCUGGUCAUGGCCCAGAGCGAGGUCCGCGGCAGUGACGCCGACGAGUCUAACCGGGCUGAGGGCGGGUGCGACAGGUGAGCCCCUGCCCCGAGCCCGCGGGGGCCCGCGACCCACGGAAAAGCUGGCCGGAUCGCCCUCCCCGCAGGGGAGUGACCAUUCGCUCUCAAGAGCGGGAACCCGGGCUGCCGCUCGGUCCUGCCUGGCGCCGGCAACGACUACAUCCCCGAAGCGGCGCCCGACCGAGCCCGCCCCCGUCCCCGCCCCGGGACGGCAAGGAGCGCCAGAAGCGGCUCCGCUCGCCCGGCGCCCGAACCGCUGGGGUCUUCCUCCCUCCACCGCCGACGGGAACUUGGCGCGUUUUCCUCAGUCUCAGGACCCUUGUGUUUUAGCCUCCGCCCGCGCCAGCGCUGCGAUUGGAGGUGGCGUCCUACGAAAGUGCCGGUUCUAG